AUGCGAGAUCUAAAGGCACUCGGACUAUGGACAAAGCGAAUUCGUAACAAAAUCAUUGAGCACGAUGGAUCCGUUCAGUUGAUCAAGGAGAUCCCGGAAGAGAUUCGCAACGUGUACAAGACCGUUUACGAAUACAAGCUAAUUUCCUUGAUCAAGAUGGAAGCUCAACGCAACUGUUAUGUAUGCCAGUCGACUAGCAGCAACCGAUACCUAUCGGCACUGGAUGUAUCACUACUAACGAAUGUGCAUCUGUAUGCAUGGAAGAUGGGUCUCAAGACAAGUUCAUACUAUUACAGAAUCAAAAUGUCACACACAGCGAAGAAAUACAUGGAGAGAGAAGAAGAGGAAGAGUGUCUAUGCUGUCAAGCAUAA